AUGAAACGCAUGUUCAACAUCAUGCAGACAGACUUCUGCACCACCACAGCAGCAGAAGACAGACCUUUCCCCAGCCCAGCGAACUGCUCCAACCCGGAACUCAACAUAACAAUUUACUUCGCUGCGCAUGCGCACCCCUUCAACCUGCCCCAUCCGGACCACUUCCGUGUGUUCAACAAGCCGCUCUCUCAUUGGCUGGACGGGAUCCGGGCAGAAGCAGACGUGGUGGUUAUUCUCCAUCUCUAUCUUCACUUCUCACAGUUCAACCUAGAGGUGUUCAACCUCCACGCCCAGGACGCUCAGCGUGGCGUGGCGCGACUGCUCCGCCGGAACCCCCGGGCCCGUGUGGUGCUACGUGGUCCCCACGUGACCUACAAGGGCUGGCCGUCUCACGUGGCGGGAGGGGACCUGCUAGCGGAACACUUCCACCAGAUUCUCCGUCGAGAGUUUACUGACGUCAGACAUCGCGUCUGCUACCUCAACGCCUGGGACAUGACGGUCGCCGUGGCCAAUCUCAACUUUCAUCCGGAAGAGUUCGUGCAUCGUGCAAUGCUGCAGGUUGUGUUUGCUCAUUUUAUUGGUCGAGGAUAGAAACUAA